AUGGCUUCUGUUACAAAGAUUAAUCGAAAGCGAAAAAGCAGGAUAGAGCUUCUUGAUGAAGUGGAAAUCAUCAGUAUUCAAGAGAAUGAGGCUGGAGAUGUGCUUGAUAGUGUAUCCAGUCCAAUAAAUACAUCUGACGUUCACGAAGCUUGCACAUCUAAAGCAUAUCGUUGCCUUCUGAACAUCAAUAAUAAAAAUGCUUACCUUCCAUACAAAGAAGGUGAGUGGUCGCCACUGUUUCUAUAUCGUACUCCGUUCGAUCUGACACUGGCAGCAAUACGGCAGUCUGGUUCUGAAGGCAUAGGACGUUAUGAAAUCGGAAAAACUUAUGGAAUGGAUACAAGGGCGAAAGCUGGAAAUCGUCGAGUCUCAGCAAAUAUCGUGAAUGGAAUAAAAUCAUUUCCUGAUCAUUUUGGACAAUAUCAGAAAAUGGAAGGCAAAAUCAGAUGCAUAAAGUAUUACUGGAAAGUAGCUGCUCAUCCAGAGAGUUUCAUUUAUCUUUUUAAAAACUGGAAAGAGGUGGUCGGUGAUGAUUGUCCGUUUAGGAUUGGCGAAGUUCUGAAGUUUCCGAAUACUAAUUUGAGCACUCUACGAAUGAGUGAUGUUUCAUUGCGACGAUUAAUUGAUAUAAUGAAAGUUCUGAAGGAACAUCGUGUUAUUGUAACAAUUCAUCAUUUUAUGAAAAUUAUCACAGAUAUAGAACUUGGAUAUGGUCUUCGCUAUCAGAUUGAUAAAAAGUCUUUGUUGAAAUGUUUGAAAGCACUUGAAAAGAAGGGCUAUCUACACAUGUUCCAGACCGUUGUUGUUGAGGAAUUUCGAUCGAAUAAAAUUUUGGUUAUCACUGAAAGUGACAUAGCUAAAGCGUCACAUCCAGAAGUGGAAGCAGCUAUCCGCGUAACGAUUAGUGAAUAUAAUGAAAGGGGACGUGUAUUUCCACAUGGGCAGUUGAGACUCAGUCAUAAGAAAUCAGAGAAAGACGGUGAGAAAUCAUCUGAUUUCACCUUGGAAGAUGCUGAAAUCCUUGAAAAUGACAGUUUAAAAGAAAUGACGGUUGAUAAAAGAUUGGCAAUGUUUCGAUUGCAAAUGAUGCGACGCUUAUCUAUCAUUUUUCCUGAGCAACAAUGUUAUAAUACUGUAGGAACUCACUUCGGAUUUCAACCGCCGGAUAUCAACUGUGAAACAGGAAUCAUUCUCCCACAGACUGAAUGUAGAGGUGAAAAUGCAGUUUCAGUGGAUGAAAGUAGUUCAACUAGUGAAAAGUUACUAUUGAACACUCGAUUACUCAGUGAUAUGUAUGGUCAACAAAAUAAAAUGAUUCGAUGUUGUAUAAUACAUCAGUUAGCCUGGCAUUGCUUGUACGGAUUGCCGCAAGGAACAAAGCCAAAUGUAUGGGAGAGAUUUCCACCUUGUCAAGCGCCUGGACCAGGAAUGCCAGUCAGCCAGUGUCCGGUUUAUGUGGAUGAUGAAUCCCCAUAUCGUUUCGUGCCACCGAUACCCUCGCAUCAGGAUUUGCCACAUGGAUGGUUCUUAUUACAAGAUUUGAUAAAUGUAUUGCCAUUAUCGAUCUAUGUGUUGUUUGUGAAUAUGAAAAAUAAGGUGGAAGUAAUCGAAUCCUAUUUGAAGGAUCCAGUUUUACGUCAUAUGUUAAUUAGUGAUCUUCCAAUAAAUAUACGUGUGAAAUUGUUGAGUAAUAAAAAAGCCGUUCUGCAGCUGGAGCACAUUUUGCUUACGUUGUGUGGUUUCGGAUUGGCGAGAGUUGGUCCGACUGUAGAUGCCAAAAAAGUAAUAAAUACAGAACUGCAAUACUUCUACCUGGCUCGUGGUGGUUAUUUACGCGAUACGAGUACUUCACAGAAGGGAUACUGCCGUGUAUCAAUGCCAAUCGAUCAGUACACCAAAUAUGAAUAUAUAUUCGACACAUUGGAUGAUGUAAUCUAUUAUUGGCAUCAUCUGCGAGCAAUUGUGCAAAGCACACCAUUAUCAUUCAGAAUGGAAACAUCGCAGGAAGAUGUGCGGAUGUACAAGAAAUAUACAAUUGGAAUGUUCGACCGGUCUCAAAUUGUAAAACCUUUUGAAGAUGUAUGCGCAACUUUUUCACCUGUUUUGCCUCAUGAUGGCUGCGCAGGUUUUGACUCCUCUUUUUUUAUACAUUUGAGAAGACACUGGGACAUCAAUCCUCGACCGAUUGAAUUUGUUAGCUGGUUUUUGCAUGAAUGGCGCCGAGCAACUGAAAAAACGAAGUCGUUUGUUGAAUCGCGAGUAAAGAAUUAUCAGAAUUCGUGGAAUUCUUAUUUCAGAGCUUUAGUACCAUCAGAUAGUGGCAUCUUUCGAAGAACAGCAAGUGACAAUCAUGCAUUGGUACGAGCAAAUCCUGGUUCCCUUGGUCGUAAAAGUAGCUAUUAUAGUUCGAAGUCAUUUAAAGGAAAGAAGAAGCGUCCAUAUGAUGAAGUUGACAUUAUUUCAGAGCAACGCCGUGUACAUCUGAGAAACAGAUUUACUUCACUGGAACGCAAUAUGUUGAUCCUUAUUCGGGCUGUUGGCUUCUUUUUGAAUCCGAUGUAUCGCUUUUGGUUGGAACCUGCUGUUCUGCGAGAUAUUAUGCAUGAAAAUGUUCAAGAAGCGCGUUCCAAAACAGUGCAGAGUUUAAUGGCAGCUGGAGUUCGUGAAAUGAAGCGAGCUGAACGUGUAACAUAUUUGCAGCGGAUUGUCAAAAAUUUGUCUUCAUUCAAGGAAAUGAGGGCCUUAAGAAGCCAGCUUGCUUUUCAUCCAAUUUCGGAUUCAGCUUUGAAGAAGAAAUUUUUUAUUGAGGCUUUCAAUAAGGCGAAACAAUUGUUAUUUAUGGAAUCGGAAAAAUUACCAAAAACUAGCGAGGAUGAUGAAUCAUUCGAAAAAUUUAUAAACAUUGGUAAAAUAAACAUAUCAACAGAAGUGCAAAGAACUUUAGCAGUUCCGAUACGAUCGCAGAAACCGAAGGAUCCAAAUCAGAUCCGUCACUGCGUUGCUUUCAACGUUGUUGUGGGGGCUUUGAUAAGUGAGCAGGAUUUAACAAAUAAAAGUAUGGAGUAUAUUUUUGAGAAGUUGGGAGUUCCAGCUGUUACACGGAUACUCGAACAGCUUCGUAUUGAUGGCCUUAUCACCAGACAAAGAUUCCCUAUUGAAGAUUCAAAAUUUUCUUGGAAAAGCCAAGCAACAUUAUCAUUCAACUUUCGACACUUUUUUAAUCAUCGUUUCCAUCCGGACAUGUUAGAACAACUUAUUGGAUCCAGCGAAGAAAUGGAACGUGGCACAGAAUUUUCGGCCGAUGAUGAUAGUGCUGGCACUGUUGCAGCUGUUACUAGAUGCUUCUAUGCAGGACCUGCGCUGAAAAUAAUUAUGGAUGAUAAUGUAUUGGAAUGUUUCGAUGCGUCUUCUCAAGAACAAAUCGUGAACGCUACUAAACAGCUACGGUAUUUGGAGUCGGCAGAUUUGCAUUUGGAACGGAUAACUGUGAAACCCGAAGGAGAUUACACACUGUGUGAUAUUCCUGAUUUGCAGCAGAUUUUAGAUUCACUAAAGCAGAUUUACUCGUUAGAAAUGAUAAGAAACGCAAAUUUUGAUGAUUAUUUAAUGUUACAAUCGACUUUCUCACGUUCAUUUUUGCGUCGAAUUCACACAGCAAUAAAGGAAUCGAAAUUUAUUGGGAUGUCGAUUGAAGAGUUAACAAUAGUUUUAAAAAACACUGGUUCAGUGGUAAGUUUGGCUGUGCAACAAAUGGUAGAAGAUUCACAGUUGAUAACUGUUGGUGUUGAUACGGUAAGGUAUGUACUCCCAGCUUACAGUGACUGUUGGCUUGUUCCUUAUGGGAAGCUUGUCUAUGUUCCAGCUCCUUGGUUUACUCCAUGUGGUGAAAUUUAUGCACCUGCUGUGAGGUGGAUGGCAGAAGGUGUCUUGUUCUCAAUCAUUGGUCGUCCUGGAUGUCCUAUUGAUGAAUUGAAAAGACAGUUCGCAUAUGUUCUGCAACCACGAAUGUUGCUGGAAAUGAUUCGAAUAUUGGAACUAUGUAGUUGCAUUCGUAUUCAAAAGUUAACUUCUAGGACAUUCAAAAGAAGAUCUGUGUUUGAAAAUGUUCAAACGGAAGUGGAAGGAGAUGUAUUUUAUGUGUCUGCGACCAAAAAUGCAAUGGAACAAUUUUCACGAAUAUUUGGCACGGUACCACAACCUGCAGUUCUUAAAUCGACUCGUCCAGAAGACAUUUAA